AUGUCGACCAUGCUCGUGCUUUUCGACGCCUGCUGGCGACCAGAUUCCGGAGAGCCAGGAGAAGACCUGUACAUACCCGGGGUUCACAACAGUGCUUCGGUCCAGUGUCCGACUCACACGGUUCUCAGGGCCUUUGGCCGAGGAGAAGCAUGGGCAAAGAAACGUUUGCAUCAGUACGUAACUGCUGUGGUGGGUCGCUUCGCAACGGAUCCUCGUGUGGCGAUCUGGGACAUCUACAAUGAACCCACCAUGCGACAGAGUGAACACUUGAUCUUGCCAAGACUGGCUGCUAUCAACGGAUGGGCUGCUGGAAGAUACCCCGAACACUGGCUUUUGGACGGACCGAAGCUCAACACCAUCCUGCCCUUGGUCAGACAGGCCUUUGAAUGGGCCAGAGAAGUUAACCCGGUGCAGCCGCUCACCACGGCAGUGUGGGAUUUCCCGAACAGCGAAGAUGACGAGGACGUGAAAGAGUACAAGGCCACAGUCAACAGCGAGAUGGUAGAUCUGAGCGACAUCAUCUCAAUCCAUUGCUAUUGCUCUCCUGAUGAGCUGGAGCAGCACAUCAGGGAGCUUGCGGCGAAAGGGAGGGGGCCGGUGCUGGUGACAGAGUUCAUGGCACGGCCUCGGAACUCGACGCUGACCAACAGCCUGCCAGUGCUGCGUCGGCAGGGGGCCUGGGGCUACACCUGGGGCCUCUUCCAGGGCCGAGCCAACACGCAUGUGCCUUGGAACACGUGGUUAGACAUCGAGCUGGGUAUGGAAGGUCCCUGGUUCCAUGAUGUCUUCUAUGGGAACGGUACGGCAUACAGCGAGGAGGAGCUCAAGGAAAUCUGGUGGCACACUACCGGAAGCCAACUGCGGCUCUGA